GUAUCCUACCAUCUCACAUGAGUCACAUGUGCUUCGUCUGCGAAAACAAGUUUGGCCUUAUAUUCUUGAUAUUUGAAAGAUAUCUGAUCAGCCAUGACAUCAUUAGCCCAGCAGCUUCAGAGGUUGGCAGUACCUGAAGCUAGAGCCGCAGCUGCUGCUCAGAGGAAAGACAGAAGAUCAUUGCUUUUUGAUCCUGCUGAGGCUGGUGGACUAGACAAAGAUACCUUCUAUGCCAUUGGUGUCAAUGGUUUACAAGAACUCCAGGGCAUCGAUCCUCGUUUCCAAGAUUUUGAGAGUCUCCUAUUCGAUGAGGCAUCCAAGUCAUUGGAACGUUCCAUUGAGAGUAGGGAGAUGAAUGAUAAACUUGACAAGAAGAUUGGUCGAUUUUUGCUGAAUGUCUCUCCCUACUUCCUACUGAAACCAGCUCAAAAGGCUAUAGAAUGGCUAGUUUACAGAUUUCACAUCCAUGAUUAUAAUACUGAUGAGCUGAUGAUGUGCGUCCUACCCUACCACGAGACCAAGAUCUUCGUUAGAGCUGUUCAGCUUCUCAGCCUCAAGAAUAAGAAAAGCAGGUGGAAUUGGUUGGAACCUAUUCAGAAACCAGGUGUGAGUCUCUCAAGGCUCUCUCUUGUCACCCACUGCAUUUCUGAUAGAGGAUUUCUCCAUUUCAUCUGUGAACUCCCUCUUCUUGCUAUCAAGGCUCACAAGAAGAUGGUUCUUUCUGGAGGUUCUUCUCAGCAAACCUCCAACGCCCCUCUGCGUGUCAUGUUCUCCUUCUACGCCGCCACAGUCGUCUCAGCCAUCUCAACUCCUGGAGCGGUCAAGGAAGCUUUCUUGGCGUCUAUCUUGCCGUUCCUCCUCCGAGGUCUGAAGCUGGACUAUCAUGAUUAUAAUGGGGCUACCUAUAUGAUCAUCUGUCAGCUUGGUGUGUCUGCUACUCUGAAAGUCACCCUCCUGGAACCACUCAUGGAGGCCAUGUGCCAGCAUGUGAGCCCUGAGAUGAUCCAACAGAUGUUAGGUUGCUUAGCUGUGCUAUGUAGAACACAGAACCUUAAACAGCUUCCAGGAAAAGUGAUGUUCCAAAUCUGUGCCUUGCCCAAGUUCUUGAUCUCCCUGGCCCAGCUCUCCAAGUCACACAACAUCACCCCUCUCCUCUCUGCCCUGCUCCCCCAGCUGACUACCACAGCUAUCGAUGCAGAAAUCAGUGAGGAAGAUCAAUUUCCAGAGGGGUGCGAAGAACUGGAUCUACUUGCCUCCUUGACUGGGAUACUGAAAGAGAUCCACAUAGAGAGUCAGAUUGCUGUCAAUAUUGCAAGGUGUCUUCUCCAUGGGUAUGUUUCUGCAUGUACCAAUGGUCUGGAUGAUGACAAUAGGAGAGAGCUGAGAGAGAAAAUUGCCCCAGUAGUCCAAAGCUUAGAAAGAAGGUUUCCUGAAGCAAUGGAUUUGAUUCUUGAGUCUUAUCUGGCAGAGGGUGACAAUGAUGAUAAGCAGACGUACGUCCAAGAUUUUGUCUCCAUGUACUCGGGUGGCAUGAAACAUCAGCUUCUACCUGAAUCUAACACCAGUCUUGUAUUGAGUCUGAACCAUGCAAAUCCUGAUGUGAGGAGAAUGGCUGUUAAUCACAUCCAGAAUAUCAUUCAACAGGGAGGAGAAUUAGAUUCAUUUUUCCAGGAGAGCCUUCUUCAAAGACUACAGGAUGAUUCUGCGUCCGUUGUAGCAGCUGUUCUGCAAAUUGGUGAGAGCCUUUGUGAGUUGGUUCCAGUGGAUCCAAUGUUUGCUGCACUCCAGAAACUCCUCAUCAAGAAGAAGAAGAGACAUGGAAAUGAUUGGGCCAACAUGGUUCAAGGAGCCAUCAAAAUCAUCACCAGUCAAUCAUUCGUCUCCAAGGCCCCUCAUCUGGUAAAUGAUGCAGUUGCCAUGACGAUACCGUACAUCUUCAUUGCUGCCCAAGCAAACUCGGGUUUAGAUUCUGGGGUGAGAAUUGACAUAGCUGGAUCACACUUGGUCAGUAGUCAUCUGAUGAUGAAAGGCUUGAAAGCUGUCUUGUCUUCCAAGAAGAAAGUGAAUGAAAGUCUCAUCACAAUCAAGAUUCUUGAUCUGUUUGGUAAGAACAUGGCUGCCAUGAAGCAAGAAGAAGUAGACAAGAUGGUUUCAUCUUUGCUGUCCCACCUGGAAGCUACUUCCAAGCCUGAGGCCUUCAGACUAAUCAUAACGACUGUCUUCUUACGAACACUGCAACAUGUCCAUGGUGGUGAAUCCAAGCUCUACAUGGCUCACAAACUUCUUGCAGUGCUGGAAGUCGAUGCCAUGAAAACAUGUCAGAAGAGUGUUGAACUCAUCAAGUUGGAGCAGGGGGAAGGUUCUGAAGAGCAAGAUGGCCCCCUCCAGCCAACAGGUGUUCCAUCUACUGUGCUCCCUCCCCAGCUACACACUCACCUGUCAGCCCUGCUUACAGUGAGGAGGAAGCACCGCGUUGCUGGCACGGUGUAUCUCUAUUCAUCUCAGGUACAAGUCUUGCUGUGGGCACUGGAGAGCAUGGUGCUCUCUCUUGCACCGUCGGUGUCAUCUCUUGCACCCGAUUCGAAAUGGUGGUUGCCUGGAACAAAGGAAGGUCCUAUUGGAGGUCAGUAUGUGACCUUUGUACUUCAGCUUGUUGACAUGUUGACCCAAGGGUCAUCUGAAUGUCAUUUGAAAGACGGAACCAAACAGGGAUUUAGGGAUAUUGUACACAGUGUCAUUAAGAAUCUAUUCAGUGAUUCCACAAGCUUCUUGAAGCUACUCAGUAUUGGAUGGAUUGGUCAUGUGAUACCCUCUCAGCCAAUGGGAUUCAAGCCUUCACCGAUGUUUCAAGUCAGGUGUCUGGGUAUGGGGUCAGCCAUCUUUGAUUCCAUGGAGCAAAAUGAACUCAAUUCUUUGUUGGAGAAAGAUAGUUUUGUCCUUCCCUGUCUCCUGAUGGCGUUGUCCAGUCACCUUGAACCAGUCAGAUCUGUGACAAUCAGAUGUCUACAGACAAUACAUGAUGGUUGUCAAAGUGACAGCGUUACUUCGUACCAUUGGCUUAUCCAGAGAUUGCUCAAGAAGAAAGAACCUCUUGAAAUAGAUUCAAGAUACAUUAAACAGGCACUUGGAAACUCUCUCAUGAAAGCCAACAAGGUACCAGUCGUCACAUUCCCAAAGCAGGAGAAAACUACACCCGAUGUGAAAGGAGCUUCUUCCGUACAGGCAAAGCAAUGCUUGGAAUGGAUCUUAGACUAUAUCAGGCAAGAGGGCAUUCCACAUCUUGCACAGAGGGCUCUCUUGCAGCUCCUUGAUGAGGUGGAUUCAGAAACUGUCCUGUCAUCGCUUCUUGGUCUGCUACAAGAGCUUCUAGUUCAGGCCUUUGUUGAAGAGGGCUCCCUCAGUGUUGAUCAGACUCACAGUUUGCAGUGUAUCGUGAGUCACAUGACCCCUGUGACGGCCCACCUGAUGUCUGAUCAGAAGAGUCUUGACCUUCUACUGGAGGUGCUGAGUCGAGAGAAGCUGGUCUGCGUAGGGCUGGCUUCUCCAUCAGAGAUGGCUCUAAAACAGAUUACCGGAGCAUUCUUUGAGGCACUUCCUUCCGCUACCACCCAGCAGGCGGUACUAGCUAGACUGAUCGACCUGCAAGUUGACACAAACAGUUCAUCUACAGCCAAUCAUCUGGCAAAGGUCAUCAAGAAGCUGCCACUGAACGGAACACAGGUUGUGAAAGAGCUUAGUCAGAUCACUGCUGGUCAGAAACCUAAGACUGUCAAAGAUGCAAGAAGAGUAAGGCAAAAGGCAAAGUCCUCCAGCAGCGAUGAUGCAUCGCAGACGGCGUCAAGCGAGGGCCGGAAGUGGCAGAGGGUGAUGACGAUCUUGGAGAAUCUACAACAGAGGAAACUGGGAAAGAUGGAAGGCAGGCAUACCAUUGUACCUGCUCUCUUCAACAUCCUCAAUCUGUGUCUAGAUCUACCAGCCACUGAUCAGGGAUCAACUGAAUACAUCAAGCAACUUCUUCUCACCACCAUUCUCAAUAUCUGUGAUCAUCUUGGUGAUACAGAUGGAGAAGAAACAGGUCCACUGAUAACAGAAGAGCAAUUCAGCGUUGAGUUGGUGGUGCAAUGUAUUCGCACCUCAGACAAUCCCCAAACACACAACCAUGCUUUGCUUCUACUGGCUACAGCUGCUAAGCUAUUCCCUGAGCAUGUAUUGCAUAACAUCAUGGCAAUCUUUACGUUCAUGGGAGCGAGUCUUCUUCGUCAGGACGACAGUCAUAGCUUUCAGAUCAUCCACAAGACUGUCCAGACUGUUAUACCUGCUCUAGUCAAGGCAAGCAAGGACCAGUCUCUUCCAUCGUCCUUGGCAGGCAACCUAGAGGAUGUUGUUACCAUGGUGAUGCAGACGUUUGUUGAUGCCUUCCCUCACAUCCCGGAGCAUCGUCGUCUGCCUCUCUUCACCCACCUGGUUCAGUCUGUGGGUGGGGCAGAGUAUCUGUGGAGGGUUAUCUUGUUGCUGAUUGGAGGAUAUGCUACCAAGGGAGCUACGGCUAUGCUUCCUGAAGAGACAGAAACUAAGGGUCCGGGAAGGAAUCUAGAGUUCUGGCUGACGCUGUGUCAUCAUUUUGAUCCUGAAAUCCAAGUGGUCAGUUUGACUAAGAUGCUGGCUUACCUCUCAACUCUCAAAGGAAAGAAAGAAGAUAUCCCCAAGACACCAUCUCGCUCUACCAGGUCAACACGUUCAACAGGGUUGACCUCGGGGUCAAAGGUCGCACCACAAGACCUGAUCUUUGAUCAAGAGUCUCAUAGUCCAAGGCAGCUGAGGCAUUUCAAAUUCACAUCAGUGGGAUUCUUAUCUCAGCUUCUUACAAGUGAUCCAUUUAUUUCACAGCUUGUGAAUCUAUCUGAGGAGAAAUCAGCAGCCAUGCAGGCACUUUAUCAAAAGCUUCUUGAGCAGACUCUGUGUUACAUCACUCAUGUAGCCCACUGUAUUCAAGAUAACAAGGAUCCGAACACUGCUAAGUUCUGGAGAGCUCUUCUUCACAAGGCUUAUGAUGUUUUAGACAAGGUUAACUACCUGCUACCUGCCAAGGUGUUUAUUGGUGUAGUAUCAGGUCUGAUCUCGAACCGUCUCCCGACCGUCAGGAGGAAAGCUAUGGAGCUUCUUAAUAACAAACUCAUUCAAAACAAGGAUGGCUUCGAGGAGGAAGAGACUGCUAUGCUACUAGCUAUGCUUGAUACGUUGAUUGUCAUCGCGAAGUCAUCUCGUGAGAACCAGGCUGAAAUGGAUGAGCUAGACAUCAAUCGCCAGACUGCCCUCUAUAGUCUCAAGUUACUCUGCAAACUGUUCGGCGGUGAACAUCGAAAGCAGUUCACCAAGGUGAUGGAGGUCGCACUUGAUGUUGUCAUGGAGACACAAAUCAAUAACCAGGUGUUAGCUAGUGGUUUACUAUGCUUAGCUGAAGCAGUUAGUAGUAUCAAAGCCCAUGCUAUACCCUACCUCAGUCGAUUCAUGCCUCCUCUACUGGAUACACUGACAAGCAAGACUCAUGUAACAAGUUCUGACCUCCACCUUCUGAGUACAGUGACAGCCAUACAGAAGAUCUUGGAGACUCUCCCUCACUUUCUCAGUCCUUAUCUUGGUCAGCUGCUUCAACAGGUGUGUCGUUUGUCCGGUUAUCGGCAAGAUGAAGAGAAGUCUCAGCUGACGCUACGUUUGAAGGCAUGUCGUCACCAGCUCUCCACAGCGCUACCCCCAAGAGUACUCAUCCCUGCAGUCAGUGAAUGCUACAAAAUCAGUGUGACAGAUAGUCAGUCUAGCAUCGGUCCUUUGAUGUCCAUCUUGAGUGACCAUCUUGACCAACUACCCAAAGAAGAUCUCUUGAGCCAUCAUCAUGCUACGGUCAGCCUCUUCCUACAAGCUUUGGAGUAUCGGUCAACCCACGCAGAGAGUUCUCUUGAUGAGGUAUCAAGUAUUGAAGGUCAUGUGAUAGAUGCUAUGAAUACCAUGGUGAUGAAGCUCUCUGAGGCUACAUUCAGACCAAUGUUUCUCAAGGUGUAUGAAUGGGCGACUCGAGGCAGCAACCCAGAGAGGCUCCUCACCUUCUAUCGCCUUGCUGAUAGUAUAGCAGAGAAGUUGAAGAGCCUCUUCUGUCUCUUUGCUGGUCACCUGGUAGCAAACAUUGCAGGAAUCCUUGAUGCUAAUAAUGUCAUCAAAACAGACAAGCCUUUCUAUGAUGGCCCUCAUAGAAAAGAGAAGUCAGCCAGUCUCCUGGGUUAUUCUCUUGAUUGUCUUCACAAGUGUUUUCAUUACGAUAAGGGAGACUUUGUGAGCAAAGAGAGAUUUGAGAAACUUAUGCAGCCUCUUGUUGAUCAGAUUGAGAACACCCAAGGAGGAGAUGACAUUUACGAGGACCGCAUCACGAGUCACCUGACACCAUGCAUCGUUCAGUUCAUGGUUGCCGCUAGAGACCCGUCCACCUGGCAACCUCUGAACUAUCAGAUCCUUCUCAAGACUAGAAACUCUUUUCCAAAGGUUCGUUAUGCUGCCCUCACAGUCCUUCAGGCCGUUCAUUCUCAGUUGGGUGAGGACUACCUUUCACUGCUUCCUGAAACUAUUCCAUUCUUGGCUGAACUCAUGGAAGAUGAAUCGGAGGAGGUUGAACAACACUGUCAGGAUGUGGUAUCAGAGCUGGAGAAGACUCUAGGAGAACCACUUCAGAAAUACUUCUAGGAAACCAUCCAACUCCACAGUUCAUCACUUCUUACUGGGUACCAUUUAACGUCACCUAGGGGGGCAGGUCCAAAAGGGGGAGGGGGCAAAACUAUUAUAAUAUAAAGGUUUGUCUUCAAAGCAAGAUAACUUUGAUCUAGGAGAGUCCUUAGCUUGUCUAUGUUCUUCUGCUGUACAGUGACAAUACAGAGUUUUUGCUCAGCGACAUAUUGAAGAAUCAAGAACAUAGAAAAAUGUAUUGUUAAAUACCCAUUAUACUGUAUAUGACAAAGAACAACUCAGAAGUCUUUGUCAAAAAUAGAUUACUUGAAGAGCAGUUUCACCCUACAUUCAGAGCUGAAGGAGUACCAAAGUGUGACAUCACUGCCAUGACAUCAAACCGGCUGGUUCUAAACAGAGUCACAGCUGACGAUCGUCUAUACAUAUUUGUAUUUGCAAAAAUUACCAUCAUUCUGAGUUUGCAAGCGAUGAAAUUCCGUUAACUGCUAUUUUCUCCUAUGAGAAACACGCUCUGUUUUCAUUUGUUUAGAACCAGGCAGGCAUAACACCAUGGCAACUGACGUCAUCCCUUUGGUACUCUAGUAUAGAUGUUUCGUUCAAUCGGAAUCAAGGGCGAAACUGUUGUUUUGGCUCACCAGAAGACUUUUUAGUUGUUCUUUGUCAUGUGAUGGGCAUUUGACAAUACAUAUACUCUGUUCGUGAAUCCUCCAUACAUUGCUGAGUGAUUACUCCCUUUGAAUACAGUGUUCUAGUCAGAUCUCUUCAUUAGAUGUUAAUGAGAGGCAAAUAAGUUUUAACAUUAAAUUCCUACAUCAAAUGUAUUAUCUUGGUUAUAAAAAGAAUGAUUAGAUCCUAUUGAUCUAUAUCUUUAAAUGUGAAUGCAUGUUUGUUUAAAUUAAACAUGUAACUUAAUAAAAAAAAGACCCCCUCUCAA